CCCCGAGAUCAUAGCAGCUGCGGCAGCACUUGGAUUGACUGUAGCGGCUGCCAUGAAACAAGCGUCCGAGAUGGGUUUGACUGUUCGUGCCUUCUUAGACCUUGAGGAUGCGCCUGUAGGUGAGAUAACAUUACAAUAUGUGCGGAAGGGGCCUCUCGUCGAGCCUGAGAAGGAAAAUAGUCUACCAACACAAAUGCGAAAUCUGCUACGUUGGUACAAGCAAUUCAUAACAUGGGCCGACAAAGAAUAUGUUUAUGCGGAUGUUACACAUGAGCAUCACAUCAAACGGUACUCUGUAGAAGUUCAUAUGAGUGAAUUAUUCCAGCUGUUCAAUCUGCGCGCCCUCGACAAAUCUAUGCUGAGUUGCUACGUUCUGUAAGUGAUUUAUUUCUACCUCAUCUCGUUCUUCAUUGCCUGCACUAUAUAUAUAUAUUGUCCUAACUAUAUUGUUGCGUACGCUAUUAUGCAGAUUGAAGAUUUGGGAAUGCAAAAUAAGAAACAUCCAUGAUGUUGGGUUCAUUGACCCACAUAUCGUUAAUGGACAUGUGUUAGAACAUCACCACAAAGACAUGGAGAAAGACCUGUACAAGUUUCUUAGAAAGCAUCAACUCAAAAGUCAUAUUCUAUUUCCUUACCAUUUUGGGUUCCACUGGAUUCUGCUAAAUAUUGAACUUCACACCUCCACAGUUCUAAUCAUGGACUCUAAGGAUUCGGAUCCAAAGCGUUGGGCCGACAUGAGAAAAAUGCUGCAAAAGGUUUGGAGACGGUUCUCAGAAGAAACUGUCGGUGAAUUCAAACAUGAGCUAGAUUUCAGAAAGUUAGUUAAUGUGGAUAAGCAGCCAUCGGGGACCGAUCUAUGUGGAUACUAUGUUUGUGAGAACAUCCGGAGACAAACCACUGAGCGGAAGGCAUCAGCUAGCGUGCGGAACGCGACGGAUAACUUGCGGAGGAGGCUUAGUCCAGAAGCUCGCUUCCGACCAAUUCAAGAAGAAUUAGCAGGAUUUUUCAUGAGGGAAGUCAUCAAUCCUAAAGGACAACACUAUACCGAGGACGAAGAAAUUUAUAUGCAUACCCGAGAUUGAAACUUGUUCGAAGUUGUAUAUGGUCAUCCAUCCUAAUUGUGUAUGGAAACUUGUUCGAAGUUGUAUAUGGUCACCCGAGAUUGAAUAUAUAUUAUAUAUUCCUCUUGAAUUCUUCUUGUUUGAAAUUUCAUAUGCAUGUAUAUAGAAGCGUAGAAUAUGUGUACUGAAACUUCAUCAAAAAUAAAAUAAAACACAAAAUAAAAUAUAAAACAAAUAAAACACUACAAAUUAAAAAGAAACCAGGUUUAGGGGGGCUAAAACCCUAAACCUGCGGAGGAGGCCUUUAGUCCCGGUUGGCCACGAGAGCCGGGACUAAAG